AUGAGUGUGAAUACGUUAAUGGCCCGUAAAAAUUAUAACGACUACAAAUUAUGUAUGCAGUUGAAUAAGAGCAAUGGAGAUGCCAAGGCAAAAUGCUCAAACUUGUUCGAUAAAGCAAUAAACACGACAACGCAAAUAAUUUCUCGAGAAUGCUUGUCACACACAGAAGAGUUAUAUAAAUGCUUUAAGCAUUCGUUUCGUCUAAGUUUUUGCGAUAAAGAAGUUGUUGAAAGGUUGCAGAAUUGUCAUUCAAACAUUUAUAAGUUGAUAACGUCGUAA